AUGUCGCUCAAAGCUGUAGCCGUCAUCUCUGGCGACACCCUCGUUUUGCGUGGACGUACAGGACCACAAGGGCAGAGUCCCAAGGAGAGAAUCCUACACCUUGCUGAUGUCGUAGCUCCGAGAAUGGGAAACCAGACUCGAGAGGACGAGCCAUGGGCAUUUGAGUCUCGUGAUUUUCUGCGUGCAUUGGCGGUAGGCAAAGAAAUUGCAUUUACUUCCACACAUAGCUUUCCUUCCAACGACGAUGUCACGCGCGACUCUGGCACUGCUGAAAUCGGAGGUGUGGAUGUUGCCUCUGAGAUGCUGAAGAACGGUUGGGCCAAAGUCAAGGAAUCGAAACGGGACCCCUCGGAAGACGAUAUCCGAAAACGUGACAUCGAAGCUGAAGCGAAGGCGGCAGGAAAGGGCUUAUGGAAUUCUCAUGGUCCGCAGGCCCGCGUCGUGCACCAAACAAUGCCGACUGAUUCGCAAGCGUUUGUUUCGGAGUGGAAGGGGAAGUCCAUUGAUGCACUUGUGGAACAAGUGCGGGAUGGGUCUACUCUCCGGGCCCGACUUCUCAUGCCGGAUGGCGAGCAUCAAAUAGUCAACAUUGCGCUUGCUGGUGUUCGUUGUGCCAGGACAUCCCCAAAACAAGGAGAACCCUCAGAGCCUUGGGCAGAAGAAGCAAAAUUCUUCACAGAGUCCAGGCUACUCCAGCGAUCUGUACGGGUGAUUAUCCUAUCGUUGCCAACUUCGACAGCAACACCGUUCCAAGCUGCAGCUAACAGUGCACCACCUCCACCGGCAUCGAUAUUUAUUGGUUCUGUUCUCCAUCCCGCUGGCAAUGUAGCCGAACAUCUUGUUGCAGCUGGGCUCGCUCGUGUUGUCGAUUGGCACGCCGGUAUGCUGGCUGCAGGAGGAGGCAUGGAGCGCCUACGUGCGGCUGAGAAAGCUGCAAAAGAAAAGCGAGUGUGUCUGUACGCCAAUGUGCCAACUGCCUCUGCAUCGAUUACCCAGUCGAAUGGUACUACUAAUGGGAACGCGCGCGUCUUCGACGGAACUGUCAUUCGGGUAUGGAGUGGCGAUCAAAUAUCUGUCGUCGAUAAGGAGAGCGGCAAGGAGCGCCGGUUGCAGCUCAGCUCAACAAAAGGUCCCAAACUCUCCGACCCUAAGCAGGCUUACUAUGCACAGGAAGCUCGCGAAUUCCUUCGGAAGAAACUUAUUGGCAAGCAUGUCAAAGUUACGGUUGACUUCAUUCGUCCUCGUGACGGCGAAUAUGAGGAGCGCGAAUGUGCCACAGUUAGAUACGGAAACCAAAGCUCCAACAUUGCAGAGCAAUUGGUAGAAAAAGGCCUUGCCUCCGUUGUCCGCCAUCGACGUGAUGAUGAGGAUCGUUCUUCUGACUACGACAAACUGAUGGCUGCGGAACAAGCCGCUGUUACUGAGACCCGUGGUAUCCACUCCGGCAAAGAACAGCCGGCUGUAAAGCCCCCCGUCAACAUUUCAGAGUCUGGUGCACGUGCCACUACUUUCGUCAAUGGCUUCAAGAGGCAAGGGAAGGUAUCCGCUGUUGUCGACUACGUUGCCUCAGGGUCUCGCUUCAAGCUCUUCCUCCCCAAAGAUAACCAGUCGCUCACCUUGGUUCUCAAUGGCAUUCGAGCGCCUCGAACAGCGCGUAAUCCUUCCGAGAGAAGCGAACCAUUUGGUCAGGAAGCUGCAGACUUUGCAACUCGCCGGUACAUGCAACGCGAUGUUGAAUUUGAAGUGGACACCGUCGACAAAUCUGGCGGUUUCAUCGGAACGUUGUGGUCGAAGGGUGAAAAUGUCGCAAUUUCACUAAUCAAGGAGGGCCUUGGGUCUGUACAUUCCUUCUCCGCCGACGGCUUGUCCUGGUCUACACAGUUGUACGCAGCUGAAGCAGAAGCCAAGCAAGCACAAAAAAACUUAUGGGAGAACUAUGAUGAAGAGGCAGAGAAGGCUGCUCAGGCUCCCCCUGCUGAAGAUGAUCCUGGACGUCUAAAGUCGGAAUAUCUGGAUGUCAUUAUCAGCGAUGUCCGGGCAGAAAAUGGCUUCAGUUUCUCAGUACAAAUAUUAAACACUGAGGGCAUCGCAACAUUAGAAAAGCUGAUGCGCGAUUUUUCUCUACACCAUCGCGUCGCACACCUAGCACCAUCGAAUUUCGUGCCGAAGGCAGGAGAUUUGGUGUCUGCCAAGUUUUCGGAUGGGUCAUGGUACCGUGCCAGGAUUCGUCGUGCAUCUCCAAUCAAGAAGGAGGCUGAAGUAACAUUUAUCGACUAUGGAAACCAAGACAGUGUCUCGUUUUCAAAUAUCCGUCCUCUCGAUCCCAAGUUCCGCUCCCUGCCCGGUCAAGCGCAAGAUGCUCGCCUAAGCUUUGUCAGGCUUGUGGCUUCCGAAAGCGAGUAUCACGCAGAUGCUGUUCAGCGCUUCCGUCAAUUGUGCGAGGGUCGCAAACUUGUGGCCAACAUUGACUACAAGGAAGGCGCUACACUUCACCUGCGUCUCAUUGAUCCCAAUGACCCCGUCGCUACGCAAGAUCCUUUAGCUUGCAUUAAUGCUGACCUGCUCCGCGAAGGUCUGGCAUCAAUUGACCGCAAGGGCUGCAAAUAUCUUGGUGCAUACCCACACGUCAUGAGUAAACUGCAAACUGCAGUCGCUGAAGCGAAGCGUGACCGUGCUGGGAUGUUUGAGUUCGGUGAUGUUGAGGAGGACGAGUAA